AUGCGUCCUUUUUUUCUCUCUUUCUUUCUUUCUUUCGUUCCUUUUCUUCGUCAUUUCGCGCUUCCCCGUUUCUUAGAGAGGGUGCGUUGCACAGUUGACGGAGAAAGACAGAGAAGCGCACAAAGCGCAGAAGCAGUGUGUUUCGAGAGAGAAAGAGAGAGCACACUAAGAGAGAGAUCUUUUUGCCCUUCUUUUUUCUUCUUUUUGCAGAAGAGAGCGCUUUAUUCUAUUCAUAAAGAGUAUAUACAUAUCACAGAAAUAAUGUCUGCGUGUUAUCAUCAAUCCGCCGCAUCGAUGGCGAGACAAUCGAGCUUCGCGUCGUCCUCUUCGUGUCGCAGAGACGAGCAUCGAUCCGCAUCGCGUAUAUCAUCAAAAGCGACCCGGAGAAGAAGGAGACAAAAAGGAGACAACAGUACUGUCGUAACGAAGAACGCGUUAGUUCCCGGCCCGGACGAUCAAAAAGUUCAAAGAAACCCAAGACCUGAAUACAUACCUGGGAAAAUCCAAGACCCUCGGUACGUGCGAGUGUUCGACACGACGUUGCGAGACGGGGAACAAUCACCCGGUGCAACCUUAACAUCGACAGAAAAAGUUCAAAUUGCGACGAAUCUGGCAAAACUAGGCGUGGAUAUCAUCGAGGCUGGGUUUCCGAUUGCAUCUCCGGACGAUUUAGAAGCGGUGAGAAACAUCGCGAAAGUCGUCGGGAACAAAGUGUACGAGGACGGGUACGUUCCCGUGAUUUGCGGGUUGUCGAGAGCGAACGAGAAGGACAUCGCGUGCGCGUGGGAAGGGGUGAGGCACGCGGUGAGGCCGAGGAUUCACACGUUUAUCGCGACGUCGCCGAUUCACAUGGAGUAUAAGUUGAAGAAGACGCCGGACGAGGUGGUAAAUAUCGCGGUGAAAGCGGUCAAGUUUGCAAAGUCUUUAGGGUGCGAAGAUAUCGAGUUUAGUCCAGAGGACGCCGGGAGAUCGGAACCGGAGUUUUUGUAUCGCAUACUGAAAGCCGUCGUCGACGCUGGGGCGACCACGAUUAACAUUCCCGAUACGGUGGGUUUUUGUUUGCCGGACGAGUUUGGUCGUUUGAUCAAAGGCAUCAAAGAGAACGUCAUCGACGUCAGCGCGAACGACGCGAUCAUUAGUACGCACUGCCAAAACGAUUUGGGUUUGUCCACCGCAAACUCGUUGGCUGGAAUCGCCAACGGCGCGAGACAAGUCGAGUGCACCAUCAACGGCAUCGGUGAGAGAGCCGGGAACGCGAGUUUGGAGGAAAUCGCCAUGUCCGUCAUCAUGCGAGGUCAAAACCAACUAAACGGAGCGUACAUGGGCGUGAACCCGGUGUAUAUUUACCAAACCUCGAGAAUGGUUUCGGAAUACUCGGGUAUGCUCGUCCAACCGCACAAAGCUAUAGUCGGCGCGAACGCGUUUGCGCACGAAUCCGGGAUUCACCAAGACGGCAUGUUGAAGAACAAAUCGACGUAUGAAAUCAUCGCGCCGGAAACCAUCGGCGUCUUCCGAGACGAGGACGAUUGCGGCGUCGUUAUGGGUAAGCACUCCGGGAGACACGCGUUGAAAUCGAAACUCGGACAGAUGGGCGUCACGUUGGCGGACGAUCAGUUGAACGCGUUUUUCGAUCGGUUCAAGUUGGUCGCCGAGACGAAAACAGGAGGCGUCUCCGACGUCGAGUUGAUGGCGUUGUUGAGAGACGAAAUGGAGGUGGAGGAAGGGAAGGAGUUUUACACGUUGGUGGACGUCCAAGUCGUCUGCGGUACCAUGGGUUUACCAACCGCCACGGUAAAGAUCAUCGAUCAAGGCACGGAAAGAAUCUCCGCGUGCGUCGGCACUGGGCCAGUCGACGCGGUGUACAAAGCCAUCGACGCCGUCGUCGGCAAAUCGGUCGAACUCACCGAAUACAACGUCAAAGCGGUCACGCAAGGCAUCGAAUCCUUAGCCACGACGCGAGUGACGAUCAAACCAACCGACGAAUCCACCGCGGAAACGAUCACGAACAACCAAACUGAAGCCAGAGGGACGAGGACGUUCACCGCGACUGGCGCGGAUACCGAUAUCGUCGUCUCUUCGGCUCGAGCGUACUUAUCCGCGUUGAAUAGAAUGUUAUCCUCCAACGCGAAACUGACGACGACGAGCGGUAGUAGUAGUUUGAUUGAAUCCUCCUCCUCCGAAAUCGUUUCUAGAUGA